AACGUCACUGAACAUGACCAAUGACACUCAACACCAACAAGCAACAAGAUUCAACGAAGAAACAUUCCAACCCCCCAAUUACUCUCUCUACCUCUCUCUUAUUUCUCUGCUAAGGCACAGUUAAACAGAAAGAUGGAGAAUGGCAAUGCCAAUAAGAGCAGCUAUGACGACAUAAACGGCAAGAUAAUGCUGAUAUCGAUCGUCAUUGUCUCCGUCGUUCUCACCAUAAUGAUAUGCUUCCACAUCUACGCCCGCUUGUACCUCCGACACUCUCGCCAACUCCGCCGCAAUAAUCAUAGCAUCCGCCGCAACGCGCACCACCACCCUCACUUCGUAUUCUACGUGAACCCCGCCGUCAUGUUGGCCUCCCGCGGCCUCGAUGCCUCCGUGAUUGCCUCCCUUCCCGUCUUCACCUUCUCCCGCAAGACCCAUCCUCACACCGUCGACUGCCCCGUUUGCCUCUCGGAGUUCGAGGAAGGGGAAACGGGUCGGGUCUUGCCCACGUGCAACCACACCUUCCAUACUGAAUGCAUCGAUAUGUGGUUCCACUCCCACUCCACCUGCCCACUUUGCAGGGCACCCGUGGAGACUCCGAAACGACCCGAUUUGGUUAUAACUGUGGGCCAUUCUGAACCAGGUUCGAGUUUUCAAGGUGAUGGACUGAACCAAACUGGACCCGUGGUUUCUCCUAGUUUGGUCCCAAAGGAUUCUUCGUCGAUUGUGAAUGUGAGCGUUGAGGUGCCCGCAAGAAACGAAGAUUAUGGUUGCCAGUCGCCGUCGUCUUCGUCGUCGUUUCGGUCACCGGUGGGUCGCAUGCUGUCGUUGAAGAGGAUUCUGAGCAGAGACCAGAAAGCGAGCGCAGUUGGGUGCAGCUCGACGGCAGAGGAAGGUGGACGAUCGGAAACUCAGUAAGUUGGUGAGGUGACGUGGCGUUAUUGGAAUCCAGGUGGUAGAUUCAUAUCCAAAACGAUAACACGUUGGCACCAGUGGCGCGUGAGUGCGUGACGUGAGUAUUCACUGUUCAGUAGUUAAUAACGUAGAAUCGUAGAUACUAGUAUUAUACUACCGUACUACCAGUGUAUUAUUUCAUUUCAUAUAUAUUCUUUUUAUUAUUUUUUUAUUAUUUUCUCAUUGUAUCAUACGAGCAAAAUUAGGAAUUUUGUAUUUACCGAGUUAGGGAUACAACCGCAUCUUCGUUCUUUCGUUUUCUUCAUUAAAAUUACAUUAUAUUCAGCAGUAUGUAUACUAUUUCAUUUAAUUUUGUUAUAUCCAAAAUUGUCUUUGUUUUAAA